AAUGUAUGACAACAUGUCCACAAUGGUGUACCUAAAGGAAGACAAGUUGGAGAAGCUUACCCAGGAUGAAAUAAUUUCUAAAACGAAGCAAGUGAUUCAGGGGCUAGAAGCUCUGAAGAAUGAACACAAUUCUAUCUUGCAAAGUUUACUUGAGACACUUAAGUGUUUGAAGAAAGAUGAUGAGAGUAAUCUGGUGGAAGAGAAAUCAAACAUGAUUCGCAAGUCACUGGAAAUGUUGGAGCUUGGGCUGAGUGAGGCACAGGUAAUGAUGGCCCUAUCAAACCAUCUAAAUGCAGUUGAAUCAGAGAAACAGAAAUUGCGUGCCCAAGUACGCCGUCUGUGCCAGGAAAAUCAGUGGCUACGGGAUGAAUUAGCUAACACACAGCAAAAGUUGCAAAAAAGUGAGCAAUCGGUGGCUCAACUAGAGGAAGAAAAGAAACACCUGGAAUUCAUGAAUCAGUUAAAAAAAUAUGAUGAUGACAUUUCUCCAUCAGAGGACAAAGACAAUGAUUCUACCAAAGAACCUCUGGAUGACCUUUUCCCCAAUGAUGAAGAUGAUCCUGGUCAAGGAAUUCAACAGCAACAUAGCAGUGCAGCUGCUGCUGCCCAACAAGGGGGCUAUGAAAUUCCAGCACGGCUUAGAACUCUUCAUAACCUUGUUAUUCAGUAUGCUUCUCAAGGGAGAUAUGAGGUUGCUGUACCAUUGUGCAAACAAGCACUAGAAGAUCUUGAGAAGACUUCUGGUCAUGAUCACCCUGAUGUUGCCACUAUGCUAAAUAUCUUGGCUCUGGUAUACAGAGAUCAGAACAAAUACAAAGAUGCAGCUAAUCUACUAAAUGAUGCACUGGCUAUCCGAGAAAAAACUUUGGGCAAAGAUCACCCGGCGGUGGCAGCAACUUUGAAUAAUCUUGCAGUUCUUUAUGGCAAAAGAGGGAAGUACAAAGAAGCUGAGCCUUUGUGUAAGAGAGCCCUGGAAAUCAGAGAGAAGGUUUUGGGAAAAGAUCACCCAGAUGUUGCCAAACAGUUAAAUAACUUGGCCUUACUGUGCCAGAACCAGGGCAAGUAUGAGGAGGUAGAAUAUUAUUAUCAAAGAGCACUUGAGAUCUACCAGACAAAACUGGGACCAGAUGACCCCAAUGUGGCCAAAACAAAAAAUAACUUGGCAUCUUGCUACCUGAAACAAGGGAAAUUCAAGCAGGCUGAAACACUGUACAAGGAGAUACUUACUCGUGCACAUGAGAGAGAGUUUGGCUCUGUAGAUGAUGAAAAUAAACCCAUUUGGAUGCAUGCUGAGGAGAGAGAAGAAUGCAAAGGAAAACAAAAGGAUGGGACAUCUUUUGGAGAGUAUGGUGGCUGGUACAAAGCUUGCAAAGUUGAUAGUCCAACUGUGACAACCACUUUAAAGAACCUUGGAGCACUUUAUAGACGUCAAGGCAAGUUUGAAGCUGCUGAAACAUUAGAGGAAGCAGCCAUGAGGUCUCGAAAACAGGGUCUUGACAAUGUUCACAAACAGAGAGUAGCUGAAGUGCUAAAUGACCCUGAGAGCAUAGAAAAAAGAAGAAGCCGAGAAAGUCUCAAUGUUGAUGUGGUAAAGUACGAGAGUGGUCCUGAUGGAGGGGAGGAAGUGAGUAUGAGCGUAGAGUGGAAUGGGGAUGGCACUGGAUCCUUAAAACGCAGUGGUUCCUUUAGCAAACUUCGGGCUUCAAUUAGACGCAGCAGUGAGAAGCUGGUUAGAAAGCUGAAGGGAGGAAGUUCACGAGACAGUGAACCAAAGAAUCCUGGCAUGAAGCGUGCCAGUUCUCUGAAUGUUCUUAAUAUGGGCGGCAAGGCUGCUGAAGAUCACUUUCAAGAACGAAAUAAAUGUCUGACAGACUCGAGAGUUCUGAGUGCCAGUCACACUGACUUAGCCCAUUGAGGUGCUGGGACAGAAGCUAGCUAUUAAAGAAGCACUGAGACUCUCAAAGCCUUGGUUCCUCAUCCCUCUUGUUAGGAACAUGUAAAUGAGAGGUUCCAUGGCAAAGGACUCUGAUUUUUUAUAUUUCUCUAAAAUGACUUUUAAAAUGUAGGGACUUUUUCCUUCUUUUAAGGAGUCUAUAAGUCACUGCUAUCUUCUGUGCUUAUAUUUAGCCUUGUUACCAAUAGGUUUUGCUAUCCCAAUAGCCACGAGCUAAAGGAACACUGAUAUUUUAGCUAUUCAACAUAAAUACAUGAUAGUCUCUAGAUUCCCAGGCCUGAAACAUAGACAAUCAGAAGUAACUGAUUAGAUCUUCACUAUGGCAGAGUGUAGGCAGGUUCAACUCACUACGACUGGGAGGCUCCUCUGCUGCUGAUGGCCCAUUUAAUACAUGACUUCCCAAGUAGAUGUUGAAAGUGUGGGGUUUUGGGGGCAGCUAAAUAGCACAGUAGUUAGAGUGCGAGACUUGAAGUUGAGAGGACUUGGGUUCAGAUCUGGACUCUGACACUUCCUAGCUGUGUGACCUUGGACAAGUCGCUUAACCCUGAAUGCCUAGCCCUUGCUGCUCUUUUCUCUGAUGCUAAGGUGGAAGGUAAAGAGAAAGAAAGAGGAAAGAGCAAAGUCUUUUAAUUAGGCUCUUUAGGGACUUACUAUGAGACAAGUAAUUGAAUCUAUAUUGGACCAUGAUGCUUCACAGAGAGCUCAGAGUUGUUCUUUCCUGUGUCAGUCUUGGUUAGUGCUUUCCCCAAGAGAAGGUGGAAAAGUGGUAGUCUGUGGUCUUUCUUUAGGCUUCACUAUAAACGAAGUAGAGAGGACUCACCUGGGUUUCCUCAUGAGAGGGCUGAUUUCAGGUCACUCUUAAGAAGUUCUGUAGAACUUGCAGAGUAUGUAACACUCUGUAUGCUGUCAUUAGUGAUUGAGCAUUGUGAAACAAAAAGGAAAAGAAUGUACUAAUUGCUCGCGCUAGGAUUAGAAUUGUACUUUGCAUUAGGGAAAAACAAAUCUAGUUUCUGCUUAUGAGCAGGCAAAGAAGAAAGACCGUUUUUAUUAUGUAUGAGAUAUAGAUGAGUAAUACAAUGAUGCAGUUAUCUGUAUAUGAAAUGCACUUAAUUAUUUCUAUAAAAUAUUCAUUUAGUAUCUAUAGAAAAUUUGUUUGAAGUUGGAUAGAUAAUUGUCUAAUAUAGACAUUUUAUAACGAGAUAAUGCUGCUAAUUUUAGUUUUUCAGUGUACUAUACUUUAUUGGUGAAUUUAAGAGAACAAACUCUUUGGGAUUACUUUAUAGCAAUUUUUAAUUUGUUAAAAAGCCUUUGUAUAGUUAUUAAUAUAUUAGAAUAGAAUGCAAAAAUUAUGUAUCUGUAUGGAGUUUAUACUUUUUUCAGUUACGUGCAUAGAUUUUCACUAUCAAAAUGUCCAUUGUACCUCCUAUUGAAGAUGCUGUGUUCCCUGACCACUAACAUUAUUUGAUCAUUAUUUUUUAGUGUACUAUCUGGCCUUCUCCUUCCUGUCUUCCUAGAGGAUGAGACAAUUGAUUAUAUGCUGAGCCAUGAUACUUCACAAUGCCCCUAAAUUGUCCUUUUUUUGAUGGCUUUUCGACUUUCAGGCUCCCAUAUAUAUUGUGUAUUUAUUUUUCCUUUAAAAUUUGAUAAAAAUAGAUGUACUUAGAAAAUUGCUAUCAAGUUGUAAGAAGAUAGAAGAAAUAGCCUAGGGAAAGCUGUUUUGGUUUCAUGGCUCUAUAAAUUCCAUUUUUUAGUAAACUGGCACCAGGUGUGCUGUUUCUAGAUUUGGUACAUGAAAUACAUGUUUUAUUACAUAUGAGAAAGUGACAGGCAGCAUGGCACAGUGGCGAGAGAGAGAGCUAAGCAUGGGAGUUAGGAAGACCUGGUUUCAAACUAUAUGACCCUAGAUAUGUGGUUUAGCUUCUCAGUUCCUUAGGAAUAAAUUGCAACAAGAGGGGUGUAAUUUGUAUCAAUAGAACAAGUUAGAGAGUUCUUUUCCAGGAACUUCCUAAACUGAUAAAAUCCUUUUCCUAAUCAAAGAUGGCAUUGUAUAUGAAAUGCAGACAAUAAACUAAAGCCUGGUGAUCUGGUUCACUGUAGGAUAAAACCAGCACGCAAUUACAGUGGAUGAAGCAAAGACUUGAAAGCAGAAUUUCAGUUGUUAGACCUACUUUUAACAUCUUUGUUAAAAAAUCCAGUUUAGGUCAGUCUCAGUUUCUCUGCAGAUAAAUAGUUAUGACUUUCAUUUUUCAGUAACUUACUGAUUGUAAGUUGUACAAGUGGAUAUCGUAAGUCUUGACUUAUGAAUUAGAAAAACUGCUAGUGAAACUGGACUGAAAACUAAUUUCCCUUUUAAGAACUUUGUAUUCUUCUUGGCUGCAUUUCAAGAUGACAAUUUAACUUUGAAAAUUCUGCUUGAAUGCCUGACCCUUAAAAUUUCAUAACAAAGCAAAUAAAUCACGUGUUACCAUUUUAAUGGGGCUAUCUUAAGUAAAAUUGCUGCUUCUUCUUUUUUUUUUUUUACAUCCAGCUAGAUGUUGCCUUAGAUUCACUCCCGUUAAUUCCUUGCUGACAUUUGGCCAAGAAAGACUUUACCACCAACACAGACAGAAAGGAAUCUUGCAUAUCUUUCUACAUGUCUUUGCACCUAAGUAUCUUACACGCAACCUAUGCAAGAGUUAUGAUGAUAGUGAACACAAAGUCAGUGAGAAACAUUAGAGGUGAAGUUACAGUGGACUGGUCCUGUGCUGUCAUAGCUAAAAGUGCUCUCCAGUGAAUUCUUCAGGAAAGAUUUAUCCAUUUGCUCUAGGAAGAAUGCCUUACUGUUUCUAAUGAGAUAAUGAAUAGGGCUUAACUUCAUAUUGUGAGGUUAUAAUUCUCCUCUUUUCUUCACUUUGAAAGGUCAGUGAUCACAAAGACAAAAAAUCACAAAACAGCGUUAUUUGUAGGUUGAUGAGUAAGGCGACUGUUAAUGGUUUUACAUAAUUUGCUAAGCAGUAGGUUUCAAACAUUUGGUUAUCUUGAGUGUGUCUGUUGUUGAAAAUGCCUGUCAGUACUUGUUCUUCUGUAUGUUUACAAUGUAUGAUAGGGUCAGAUGCAGUUUGGAUAUGUUUUUGGUAACUCUUUGGUCUAAGAGGUUCAUAUUUAAUAUGUAAUUAUUAUGUUUAUUCAUGAAAGCCAUGAUUUGACCACCUGAAAUCCAGAAUCUGUAGAAUUGAUUGAGAAACUAAUUUCUGAGAUGAUUGUAAGUCUCUGCACUUAAUAUUUUCAAGAAGUUUACAUUGAUUAGAUUUAAAAAAAAAGUCACACAAAGCUUUUAAAGCAAAUACACGCUAUUGAAUUAUACCACACAGAAUUGAACAAAGGUCAUUUGGGCAGAGGAGAGGCUAGGCUGAUAUACAAAGAAACUAUAUUGCUUAAUUCCUUAGAAUUUUUCAGGGAUGAUUUAAGUGGUUAAUAAAGAGAUAUGAAAGAUAAGCUAGGAAUCACAAAUCUUUUUGGCAGAUAGAUUUAAAAGAUAAGAAUGGCUGUUAUCCUGGGAUAGGAUAAGAAUUUUGGCAUGGUCCCUGUAUUUGAAGCUUUAAACCAGACUACUAAAACUGAGGACUGUAUUUUGGGAGGUCAGGGAGUUGCCAUGUCUUUUUAUAGCACUUAAGGACUUCAUGAUGCUCUAGUCACUUUCAGUUUCCCUUUUAAAGAUACUAGCUUUGUCCAAAGAAGUUUCACAGAAAAACAUGUUACAAAAUAUUUAUUAUGUAUAUCAUGAAUUUAAAAAAUGUUUGCUUCUGUAUUGAAAUGGCAGUGUACCUUUGAAGGGAAACUAUGUCUGAUACUUAAUCAGUGAAAGCACUAGGGGUUAGGACCAAAGGCCCAGAAACAUGUUUACAGGAAGUGCUGGACUCUGGAGUCAGGAGAACUGAUCUGGCUACUCUUCAGCUGCUUUCAAGCUGUCGGCUCUUGGGCAAGAGUUUCUAGGGACAGUGAGAUGGACAUCUGUUCCAUCUGCAUCACAGCUGCUGUAGCCCACACUGCUUGAUAGAGGACAUGGAGAGUACAAGAAUAUAGGGUACCUGUCCUGGAGCUCCUUUUCAUUCCUUAAUUUUAGUAUAAAGGUUUUCACUUCAUACUUAUUCUGUUACUACAUUGAUUGUAGUGUCAAAGUUGAGUUGUUUACAUUGAUUCUGGGAUUUACUACAUGUUUUCAGAAGUGCAUGUCAUUUCUAUUAAAUUCAUGUGCUGCA